AAAGUGCUUUAUACAUAAACCAAUCCCAAACUUUUCUUUAAAAAAAAAAGAAAAAUCUUUUUUUCACUUUAUUUAAUUAAAUUUAAUUUUGAACCGCCUCUUCUCCCAAAUUCAAAAUUUUUCCACUCUCCCUCUUCUUUUUUUUUUUUUUCAUUCUUUCACUCAUCUCGCCUUCACUUCUCCAUCUUUGAUCAAGCUUUUAAAUUAAUCGGCGUCUUUUUUUUUUUAAAAUACAAAUUGAUAUUAAUCUCUGUGUGGAAAUGGUUGAUUCAGAGAAACAAAGCGAUUCCAAUAUGAAAGGGCUAAGCCUCAUCGAUGUUUCGUCCGAAGACGAUUCUCUCAUCAAUUCGCCACUCGCCGAUCCUAUAAACCUUAAAUCUUCAGAGAAAAAAAGUGAAACCAAGACUGUUAGGUUCGCUGUGGAUCCCGAGAGCGUAGAAAUGGCAGUAGGCUCCAUUGAAGAAGCUGGAAAGGUAAAGGAACCAUCGGAGUCUUCAGAACAAGAGAAGACAAGCAAAAAUGGAAAAUAUAAUUUACGCAAAAGUUUAGCAUGGGAUAGUGCUUUCUUUACUAGUGAAGGUUUUCUGGAGCCGGAGGAGUUGUCUAGUAUGCUGGGAGGCAAUGAGAAAGGUCAAAUACAAGCAUUGCCUGGGAUUCAAGAGGAUGUAAACAAGUCUUAUGAUUCAUUAACAACAUUGGAUUCUGAAACUUUGACUUUGGAAAGUCUUGAGGCUGAUUUAUUUGAGGAUGUAAGAGCUUCAAUCCAGAAAUCUAACAAAGUUUCUGUCACUGCGAAUUCUAGUGGCAAAAAGGAGUUCAAAACAACAGAUACUAAAACUGUGUCAUCUUCAAAGAAGGUAGAACUUCCAACUCAAGAUAAGAAAAUCCAGAUUAAGCAAAAAGCUACUCCAAAGAAGCCUAAUGUUGGUGUCAAAGACUCUGGGAAAACAGUGAAGCAGGUUGUUGUCCAUCCACAAAUUUCACAGGCAUGUACAGUGCUAUAUCAUGCAAAUGAACUGAUAGUUGUAUUGCCUUUUCUAGUUCAUAGAAAACUAUGCUAUAAGCUUACUGUACGGUCCGUUGCUAGAGCCGGAGAAUCAACUUUAUCUCUUCAUAAGCCACCAAAAAUAUUAAGUGGUGUUGGUCAUACACCAACCAAAAGGGCUUCAUUGGGUGCUAAGACUGUCAAAAUGGAUAAAGAUGCAAAAACUGUUACUGGUAGAGGGACUACAGUAUUAAAAACUCCUGCCUUGGUUGGUUCUAGAAACAUUGUGCCUAGGCCUAAAUUAUCCUCCAAAUCUUCUUCCUGCUCCCCAGCCUCUAGCAAAACGGAGCUGACAUCUUCGUGUUCCUCACUUGAAAGUUGUGCCAGUUUUUCAUCUAACAGAACUAAUAAAUCUUCCUUGAAUUUGAUUAAACACAAAAAUGGCCCCCGAAUUGUUAACCCUUCCUCUGGUUCCGCUAUUAGUGCUCGAUCCAGAAUAGCACCAAAAGGUAAAAUUCAAGCAGGAAGCUCAAAGCCCCCAACAUUUGUGAAGUCUUCUACAAAGUUCUCUUCCAGUAUAUCUCCCGCAAGCUCUAUCAGUGAAUGGUCCUCAGAGUCGUCAUCAUCAAUCUCUGCCACUAAUCAAAGUUCUAAUGUUGUUAGAGAUAGCCUUGGCACUGGCUCCCGCAAGGGACUUACUACAAAACGUGACGCCCACCAACGUUUGGACUCGCAGAACCUUCCUACUGGCUCAGAGGGAGAUGGUACUGAGGUUAAUGGCUCACUUGAUGAAAGUGAAAACAAGGUCUCAACUGGAACGAGUCGGCUUCUUAAUCCAGGUUCAGUGAAACCCUCUGGACUCCGAAUGCCAUCACCAAAACUUGGCUUCUUUGAUGGGGUACGAUCAUCGGGACGUACUCCAAAUGGGAGUAUGCUGUCUCAUUCUGGUGUAACUAGUGGCUUGCCUAAAAUUGGAGCAAAAAGCACUAGUCCAGGUGGAAACUCAAACAAGGCAAAGAUUGGAAAGCUUCAACCUGUUAGAUCUCUCACUGUAAUCCAGAGCCCCAAGGUAGAUGUUAAACAAACUUCCUCUGCUGUAAAAUCGAGAUCUUCCUUAUCUAUCCAAAAAUCUCCGGUUGCUGCAACAAAGGUACCAAGUUCUUUGAGAAACCUCAACACCAGUACCGGCAUGUCUCUGAAACUCCAGAGUACAUCCUCUCCAAGAACUGGUAGAGAAAGUUACUCAAAGGCUCAGGGCAUUGGUUCAGCCGGGAAAGUAGAGAUUGUUCCUCUUGACGGAGUAACCGAAUCAACUGCUGAUAUAGCUUCCAAGACCGAUGUUCAAAACACAAUUGCAUCAGAAGCUGAAAACAAGACAUACGGUUAUCCAUGUUUCAAGAAGGAAGAAGCUCCUGUUGAAGACCGAAUUGUCGCUGUUCAGAAAGAACCCAUUGCUGACUUCGAGAACAGUAUGUCAAAUCCCACUCCGACAUCUCCAUCCCCAAUGAUUUCUGAAGUUACUUGUGGCUCAAGGAUACCUUUCUCGGUCAAGGAUUCUUUUUGCAAUACAGAUGCAUCACUUGAUGUUUUAUCGGGAUCAACAGUGGUGGCCGAGAAGACAACUGUAUUACCAUUGUCGGAGAGCACCUUGUCAGAGAAUAAUAUCUAAGUGCAACAGUCUAGUUUCAUAUUCUUUUUAAGGUACCUUGGUAUGUGCCUCUUUCCAAUUGUUCUUAUUUGGAAUUUUUGAUACAAUCUUGUAGAUUCAAUCAUAAACUCUGGUAAUUCAGUAGAAUUUGUACUCAGUUCCAUCACGGUUCGAAUUUCACCAAAUUCGAAUCUGAUAUUUUCUUUCAUUUAGGUAGUGUCUUAUGAUGCGCGUUUCACAGAGUUUCCGGGCUGAACUUGAAGUUUUUAGGUUUAGAUUUAUCUUAGUUUGAGCAUUGAGAGCAAGCAUUAUAAGAUCUCAUGAAACAGUUCAUGAAUCAUGUCUGCAAAUCUCAACAUAUAAUGGAAUUUCUUGUUCUUAUGGAAUUUUGCAAAA